AUGACCUCGGAUACAGUAAAUAUCAGCGAUUUGUCCAUACCGCAGCUGCAAGAGCUCACUCGCCAGUAUGAGCAGAAAAUUCAACUGAUUACUGCUUCCGUGCAACAACUAAAAGCACUUCAGGGCCAGUUUGCUUCGUCAAAAAACUGCCUGAAGGAAUUUACCCCCGAAUCACAGAAUGGUGACAUACUAGUCCCUCUUACAUCAACUCUGUGUGUACCUGGCAAGCUGACAGAUACUGCCCACGUUAUUGUAGAUGUUGGCACAGGCUAUUACUCGGAGAUGACAAUUGAACAGGCAGAGGAGCACUUUAAUAGGCGGAUUGAGUACAUUGAUAAACAUAUUCAAGAAAUCGCUCCAGUUCUGGAGGAGAAAUCCCAAAUCCAUCGGUCCGUUUCGGCCGUACUUGAGGCGAAAGUUCAAGAAUUUAUGCGCUCACGCGCGGCGGCUAGCUCCUGA